UUAAAAUGGUAUCUAGGAGAUUUUAUCUCAAUAUAAAGUUUUGUUAAUUAGAAUAAAAAACAUAAGUUGGUUUUAUAACAUCUAGUAUUUGUGUAAAAUGUUAUAAUGGCAUACUAUGCAAAUGCCAAAGGGGGUAUCCCUUUUUUUAAGCGUGAAGAAGAAAGAAGAUGGAACGAUCAUUUAAAAAAACAUAAAGAGUUUGUGGAUCACGUGAAACCCACUGUUUCAUUGCAGAAAAAUGCUGAACAAUAUGAUUUUCUUCGAUACAAUGCAAGUAAUGUUAGGUAUGAAAGAGAGCGUCUUGAACAUAUUGAAAGUGAAAAUAAUUAUUUAUUGGCAAAGCUUGUAAAUGUCAAAAUGAGAAAUAAUGACACUUACAAUGGAAACCCAUUAAAAUUAAAUAAGUCUGUAAACUCUCAAAGCAUCCAUGAUAUAAAGAAAAUAAGACAAAAUGCUUCUUAUGAUGACGAGUCUGUUCUAAAAAAUAAUGAUAAGAGUUACUCUGAUGAUGACAAAAACAAACAAAUAAAGACAAGUAUGUCAGUAGAUGAAAAUCCAUACUGCCCAAUUGAGCUUAAAGAAUUUAUGAAAAUUGAUAGAGUGAUUAUGACUGAGAACAUAAGACUUAAUAAAAAACUGACUGAAAUUAAACAAGGAAAAUACAAGCAUCAUAUUCCUAAAGCUGCUGAACAGGACAACAAUCACAGAUUAUUGGAAAAAAGCUCUCAUUCAGGUAAUGAGGAGUAUGAUAAAAAAGAGAUUCUGCGCAAAGCAGAAAAUGUUCGUUUAAACAAAAAGCUACAAGAUAUUAAAAAAGGUAAAGGAAGAAAACCAGCAGAUGACCCUCAAUUUGAUCCUGGAGAGCGUUGGUGGGUGACAUCUCCUCGUGCAAGAGAUUUGGCAAAAAUGCAUAAGAAAGCAGAAGAAAUCAGAAAUGAGAUUCGAUUGAAGAGAGAAAUUGCUUUUAAAAAAGAAUAUGAGCACCAACUAAAGUUGAUGAAGGAAAGAGAGGAUCAGAAGAACCAGAAAGAAGUUCCGCCUGGUUAUCAUGUAAAACUACGAAAAAAGAAGAAGAAUUAUAUUGACGAAAAGAAUAACGACAAAGAAAAAGUUGAAUCAAAAUAAAAACAUAAAUUAAUAUAUUAUAAAUAAUUAA